UACAUAUAUAUGACAUCGAUGCUCGCUCGAUCGUGCGCGUCGCGUUUAUUCGCGUGUUAUAAAAUAAUAAAAAAGUGUCUUACAAAUUUCAACCCAGAAAAACUUAAAAUUUACAAAUAAGUUUUCCAAUAAUACAUUUUUUUAGUGCACAAUUCGUUCAUUGGAAGUUUUGAUAAAUGCAUCGACGCCUAUAACAAUUGUGAAAAGUGACAAACAACGAUAGAAAAUUGUAUCGCAACGACAUGUCGGAAUGGGCGUGCUAACGCUAUUAACUUGGAAUACGUUCUAUGACUAGAUCGGAACUCGCUUUCUCGUGACUUAGAAAACAUUAUCGCGCGACGCUUGGCAGGCGAACGAAAAAAUUGGAAAAUCCUUAAUCAUCCUCAAAAUGGUUAAAGGCAGAAGAAAACGUGCUCCGACCUCUGGGUCCGGAUACUCCAAAAAUUCUGCAUUCAACGGCACACUCAAUUCUGUUGUUUCUCCUAUGAGAAAAGAAUCUAAAUUGGAUGGAACAGUAAAAGUUCAUAAUCAAAAAUCUCCUGACAUAGCACGAGGACGAACACGGCUAGAAAAAUCACCCAUUCGCAUAACUUCCUUUUUUAGGGCUCAGGAACAACAGGAAAAUGGAAUUCUUGAAGUUAAAACUCUUAGGACCAAGCAAAACACUGAACUGCUUGGAGAAACAGAACAUUACAAUGGUGGAAAUAUCAAAGUGGAAGAACCUGUUGAUGAUCAUUCAGAAAUUAACGAGUUAUUCAAAACAGAUGAAACUCCGGUGGCUGUACCAUGCCGGAAUCCACCAACGCCUCAUCGGAUAAAUAUGCCAAAUGUGCAACCAGACGAUACUGACAUUAAAGAAACAAUCGACGAGGUUGAGAAAAAGUCCCCUCUCGUGCACUCCCCUAUUCUGAGAAUUGUCAAAAAACCAGCCGGUCGUGGACGAGGAAAACUGAAAUAUAAUUCAAACAUCGGACCUUGCACAGUCGAUUCUACAUUAGAAUCCAAAACAAAUCACAAAGUUUCAGAAUAUUUCCCUGUCAGGCGGAGCGUCAGAAAAAGCAAAAAAACAGUCCUUGAAGAAAAACAACGUGAUCUUGAGAACAAAGUUGUUUGUCAGGUUGAAGAUGGUUUGGAGGUACGACACUUCGUAGGGAAAGGUCGAGGCGUAGUGACAACACGAACAUUCAACAAAGGGGAGUUCGUCAUCGAAUACAUCGGUGAUUUAGUCGAUCAAGUAACUGCGAAAAAGCGCGAAGCAAUUUAUGCUCAGGAUCAAAACACUGGUUGUUACAUGUAUUAUUUUCAGCAUCGUGGUCAGCAGUACUGCGUGGACGCGACAGCAGAAACAGAAAAACUCGGUAGGUUAGUAAACCAUUCUCGAAACGGAAACCUUAUAGCUCGUGUCGUGGAUGUCGCUUCAGUGCCCCAUCUCGUACUCACUGCAAAAGAGGAUAUACCGAUAGGAGUCGAGGUAACUUACGAUUACGGCGACCGCAGUCGUGAAGCAAUCCGCAAUCAUCCUUGGCUUGCGUUAUAGUCAAUAUUCUCCGAAUAACUUGAUAUUAAAUUUAGUUUAUUCUUCUGAGCAUUAUCAGGCUACUAUUUUGUAGAGUCGUGUCCAAAAUGUGAAAUUGAUCCAAACUGUAGUAACCUUUAAGAGAGUGAGCUUUUUAACUUUUUUUGCAUUUCACUGAGAUAUUUUACACGAAAAAAGGUAGAAGCAUGUUCAAAACAUACAAGAACUCAUUUAUGAUAGGGGUGUGUAAGAAAAAUUGAAUUUUUAUCUUUUACAAAAAAUAUUACUUUAAAAGACAACACUUCGAAUUGAAGAAUCUUUCAUUCCAUUUAAUAAUUUCAGUUUAAAUUUCAAUUUAUUUUCAAUCUUUUUAAAAAAGCGCAUAUGAUUGAAAAAAAUAAAAUUAUUUUACACGUUUGAGAAUCGAAAUUUCACAAUUUUUUGGGCACUAUUAUACCACGAAAUUGUCCUUAAUGCUCGAAUGACUGACGACUGACGUGGUGGAGAAAAACAGUCGUGACUCUGUAUAAAUCAUCAUGAGGAAUGCGUCUACUGCAUAAUUUUUAUUCAAGUACGUUUAAUUGAAGUCCCGGCGAAUGUGUAACGAGAAAAUAAUUGAAAAAGGAUAAAGAUUUUAUAUUCACAGUAUGAAGACGUACCUUUCAAAAGCCUCAAACUUUUAUCAUUUUGUUCAUUCCCAAUAUAAUGAUAGAUGAAUGUCCCACCUUUUUCAUUCCUAUCGCCGUUACAAACGUAGAAUCAUCGUAUUUUUUUUACGUAGGUUUAGUCCAACUUAAGUAGUAAAUAACGCGCAAAGUCUUACUUUCUCGAUUCCGAUAGCAAAAGGAAGUACGGAUUCGUCUUCGUGAAAAAAAUUCUCAUUUUUUCAUAUCUAUACUGUAUAAUAGCAGAUUUACCGGUACGAAAAAUGCCUUGUCGCUAGAUGUGUUCGCCCUCGUAACUGUCAUUGAAAAUUAACGGAAGAAAAAAAUGCAAAUCUCCGUGACAAAUAAUACUAUUUUCGAUAUGACAGCAGAGUCGGGGACUAGAAAUUUUAUUUAUUGAAUAAAUUAUAAUUAACAAUAAUAAAACCCGAGAAUCACCCUUGUUAGAAUAAAAUUGGAAUGAAAAAACUUUGACAACUGGUCUGAAUUGGUCUUCGUUAAAUAUAUUGUUUUUAAUUUAACGUUAUGAAUUUUUAUAUUGCAAUUCGAAAAAAGUAAACUUUCUCAAUGACUCAUCGUCGUUAGUCAGUAAUCAAUACAACUUUAUUCAAUGAUUUUUCAUGUGAACAGUACUAGUAUUUGAUUGAAAAUAUAAUUAAAAAUACGACAUAAUUAAUAACAUAUGGAAAUUUGCGUACGAGAUAAAUGUAGAAAUUAAUUUGAUCGAGUAAUUUGACUGUUUCCGAGACACGACAAUUCGAAUUUUUUUCUAUCGCAAUUGUCAUGUUCUCCGUCUCUCUGUACUAUUAAGCAGCUUACGGUACUCGGAGUUUCGAGUCUCGGUGAUUAAAUUAGUCCCUGAAGUAAUUUAGACGAUCGUCCAAUGGAGUUCUUUCAUUGCUAGACACUGCCAAAAAAGCAAGCAAAAACUAAAAAAUGUAUUAACGUGCUUCGUUUGACGAUUCGAGGGUGUAGAGAUUUUUAUGUGACUACCGAAAAGACUGCCAAGCUUGUUUGUUAAGUUUCGUUGGUGAAACGUGAGUAAUACGUGAUGAAAAAGAGACGAUUUUAAAAGUUUAAAAUCUCACACCCUCCGUCAUCGUUAUCCUGUUGAUUUUGUGCGUAUUGUUUCAUUUAUGAACAAAAAUGUAAUCCCUUUAAAUAUAGCUAUUCAUAUAUAGAAAAUUGUAAAAGUAAAUCAAUUAAGACUAUUUUAAAACACACCUUGCCCUGUUUUCAAAAUUCAUCAUUCACUAUAAAACUCUGCGGUGAAAAACAAUGAACAAUUUCAACAAAGUUUUAUGUAAAUAUUAAAAUUAAUUUAUGCAGGAAAGUACCUUGAGAAUCACACAAAUUUGUUCACGAUGGAUCAAAGGUCAAAUUCGAUUUUUCUAAUCAUUUUAUUGUCUUAUCGUGUAAUAGUUACAAUCCCGAUGUGUUUCUAUUAUUAAAAUAUUCUCCGUAAACUUUAUCAUUUUUUUUUUUACAUUCACUACUUCCAGUAAUGUUAUCUGUAGUAAAUUGGAGGAUUGUAAUGGCGCAAUUGCCAAACAAUGUAUGUCUAUACCUGCGUAUAUUUAUAUGGAUAUAUGUAUUGUCAACCCAGUAACGGAGCACCGAUUUUCUGUCUUUUACGUUACAGCCCUUUGCGAAUAAAGAACGAUUGUAUGAGA